CUGCAGCGGUGCGUACGGAUAUUGUCCUUGCCGACCGAGUGCGUCGGCGAGUACCAGACGACUGGUGGACUGCCGGUGACGCGUCUGCAGAACAAGCUGCCGCAUUCACCGAACGUGUUCAACGUGUUGAGAAAGGGACGUUUGUUAAGGGUAGCAUGCUGUUACCGAAAAUGUAUUGCUCCAUGUCGGCUGAAGAAAUACGUAGACAGAUGACGGGUGGCUGGAUGGAUCACACUGAAUUACAGAUGUGGUCAGUUGCCUUCGUGGACAUUCUGGAUGAUUACUUAUGGUUUAUCGAGCGUCCUAGACGGGACUGUGCCGCCGACCAAGUUCUUGACAGCUGUACUGCCACUUCAACGAAAUUUCACGAAAGCUUAAUGGAAUGCUUCGCGCGUGUUAUUCGCGUGCCACAUUCAGCGACCGUGGAAUUUGAAAAUGAGGAAGCACAGUGUGUAUUGACCGCGUUAUCCGUGGAGGUGUGGUUGGAGGUCUUCUCGCAGUUGGAUACGCUAAAGCAGAAUCAACUGCGGGCUGUGUGUGAAACGUUUUCCUGCUUACUUGACUCCGCUAUCCUGACGGCCAACAUUGUUGUUACGACCACUGAAUCCAGUCAAAUGAAAAAUUAUGACCGCCGAGAUUAUUACGUGGUGACUCCAAUUUUUAAAUGUCUAAGCUCUUCGACCAAGCGCAUCAUCGUGGCUGAUCGCAAGCCGUUGUUGAGCGACUGUGAUAUCUAUAAAGUGCUGGACAUGAUCCACUAUGUGGCGGAGCAAAAAUCAUCACUGCGCCUGCCAGCACUGUACUUUCAGGGUUUUCGCUGCAGCUUCCAAAUCGGUCUGAGUUACGAUUCUGUGUGGGAUCUUGACGAAUGUGUGCAGCAUUGGCCUAAACCAGCACCCAGAAAGUUCAACGGGAUUAUUGAUGAACUGCAUGUAAUUCGCCUCGAUGGUUUCAUUGCGGCAUGUCAGAAUCUUCCAUGUGAUGGAAUCCGCUUAUUAAACUGCAGUGUCCACGUUAAUCACGUGAACGGGUGGCCGGACAUGUUAAAGCCGCAGUUCACCAGCAAGGUCUCUAUGGCUCGAUUGGAGAAAGCAAACAACCUGGAAUGCGCGGUGUGGGAAGCGUUCGAGAUAGGUUUGCCAACGCCCACUUUGGAGCAGCAGCAAAUGCUUACGCAGUGGCUGACAACAGUAGCCUCUGCGGCUAACCAAAACGUCCUUGUUCAAGUUGCUUGCAAGGUAUUGUGUGCGACGCAGACAGCGGAUCGGCGAGGGAUGCUGCACUAUCGUGGGAAGAAGUGGUGUAUCGAUGGACUGCAGAAUUUGCAGUUAGAGAAACUGUCCCGCAUUGCUGUGCAUUUUCUUAUCCGUCUGGCCGAAAUCGGUAAAAAAUGAACUGGCCGUGGGAGGGAUGCUGUCAGCGACUGGGUUUCAGAUGCAGCUCCUUGUUUACAACGUUGACUGUUGUUCUUACUAAUUCUGUUGUAACUUAGUUACUGCAAAAACUCCGCUGAAUAAGUAGUCGUGUCGAUAUUCGUAUUAUUUUAGCAAAGAUGGCAGAGCGGAUCUUGUUUUUUUUAGUUAAAUU